AUGGCCGCUCCUGUCUCGGCCAGCGGCUGCUGCUACGGAACCACACUGCCAACUGCCGGCUGUCAGCUGUCAGCCGGGGGACUCACCGGCAGAGGGCAGGGCGGGCGCGCCGGCGGCCGCAGCCGCGCCGCCGGUCCAGUGUGCGGCAGCAUGGCGGCCGGCGCGCCGCGGCUACUGUGCGUCUGCGUCUGGCUGCUGCUCGCGCCGGGCUCGCUAGCGCAAUCUUCCCGCCGUGCGCAGCGUCAGGAGUGCGAGAUGACCGUCCUUGCGGACCGCAUCUACGGCGGCGACAGGGCCACCAUCGGCCAGUACCCGUGGCUCGCCCUGCUGCAGUACCGUUCCCCUGAAGGGGAGCUGGCGUUCCUGUGCGGCGGCGCGCUGGUCAGCCCGCGCUACGUGCUCACCGCCGCCCACUGCCUCCAGAGGAAGCCCUCCGGCGGCACCCUGGUGAACGUGCGGCUGGGCGAGUUCGACGUGGACUCUGAGUUCGACUGCUUCGAGCCGGACGUGAACGGGACGCGGGUGUGCGCCGACCCGCCGCUCGACGUGGAGCCGGAGCGCCUCCUGCCGCACCCCGGCUACCGCGGCCAGGACAACAGCUACCAGAACGACAUCGGGCUCAUCCGGCUCAACCAGGAGGUCAUGUACACAAAUAACAUCCGGCCGAUCUGCCUUCCGUCUCCACAGGAUGUCAACGAGACCUACAAAAACUGGCAGCCGACUAUCGCAGGCUGGGGUCGCACUGAAACGAAGAACUGGAGCCCGGUGGUGCUGCAGGCGAUGGUGCCGGUGGUGGAGGGCGGCGCGUGCGCGGCCAAGUUCGGAGCCGAGGCGUCGCUGCGCGUCGACCCUCGGCGGCAGGUGUGCGCGGGCGGCGAGCAGCGCGACUCGUGCCGCGGCGACUCGGGCGGCCCGCUGAUGGGCACGCGGCCGGCCGACGCCGUCACCGUGGCCGUCGCCGUCGCCAGCUACGGGCCCGACCCCUGCGGCAAGCCGGGUUGGCCCGGCGUCUACACGCGCGUCGACGCCUACCGCUCCUGGCUACUCCGCAACAUGCGACUCCGAAGCCGGCGUUCCCACUGCCACCACCCGCCCACAUUCACACACCUACUUUUUGCGGAAAAGUCUCUUCCUUUUGUUCCCUAGCACUCCGACUCAUCUGGCGGAACCUUGCCAGAUGUGUAAUGCCAUCUUUUCGACUACCUCAUCUUACAUUUUGUGUGAGGAUCACGACGUACCUUUUAAGAUUUGCAAAAUUAUAUAAAAUAAGACACAUU